CCAAAAAACACGGCCAUUGCUUCAAUGGAGGGGAAGAUCUAAGCUAAGCACGCACACUCUCAUUUCCAAUUUUUGAUUCAGUGUUUACAGCAGCAGCAGCGAAAAAAUGGAGAAGACGCGCCAAUGGAGCAGCGAGUCCGGCGCCUCGUCGCCGGCGCGUGCGCACCACUCUCGAUCGUCGUCAGCGAGCGGCAUUUCGAGCGUCAAGCGCACUCAGAACUUCGCCGCCAAAGCCGCGGCGCAGCGCCUGGCUCAGGUCAUGGCGUCGCAAGCCGCGGACGACGAGGAUUACGAUGACGACGGCGAUUCAGGACUCCGAUUCAAUCCUCCUCUCCCCCUCUCCCUCUCCAGGCCGACUGUCAAGCUGCUGGUUCCGUUUCCUAAGAUUGCUAGAUCCUCUUCCGAUGCGGUCACUCGUGACUCGUUGGAAGUUCAACCGCCCCGAUCAACUUCAGCAGGAAGAUCGUCAAUGUCAGCUAUGCCUCCUAGUAGGCCUUCUGUGAAGAGUCCUGCACCUAUUCCGCCAAUUGAUCCUCCUAGCAGCCGGCAGAGAGAAAAGAAGUUCUCACCAGAUUUAGGACAACUAAGUCUUAGAGAUAAGGGAGAUGUGCGCGCAUCUUCUGCACUUCGUGACGAACUUGAUAUGCUGCAAGAGGAAAAUGAAAAUAUUGCUGAGAAGCUCAGACUUGCAGAGGGGAGUUGUGAAGCUGCUGAAGCAAGAGUUAAGGAGCUUGAGAAACAGGUAGCUUCUCUUGGACAAGGAGUUUCUUUGGAAGCUAAACUUUUGAGCAGAAAGGAAGCAGCAUUGCGCCAAAGAGAGGCUGCUCUUCAAGAGGUUAUGCGUGCAAAAGAUGAUGCGCAAGUGUCAACAUUGCAAUCUGAUAUUAUGCUCGCCAAGAAAGACUCUGCGGCUGUUGUUGAACAACUGCGUGGAACCGAAUCUGAAGUUAAAGCUCUUCGCUCAAUGACACAAAGAAUGGUUCUGACCCAACAUGAAAUGGAAGAAGUUGUUCUUAAAAGGUGCUGGCUGGCUAGAUAUUGGGGCUUAGCUUCUCAAUUUGGCAUCUGUCCUGAUAUUGCUGCGUCCAAGCAUGAAUACUGGUCGUCAUUUGCACCUCUCCCUUUGGAGAUUGUUCUAUCUGCUGGACAAAAGGCUAAGCAAGAUAGCUGGAAGAAAGGUGAUAACAACUCACAAAGAAGCAAACUUGUUGAAGAUUUCGAUCUUACUGGAGAAGGAAACAUUGAGAGCACGCUAGCAGUUGAAAUGGGCUUAAGAGAACUUGCUUCUUUGAAGGUUGAAGAUUCUGUUGUUCUUGCAUUUGCUCAACAAAGACGACAUAACUCCACUAGGACUUCAAUUCCAGAUUUGAGGUCACCAAUUGAUCCGAAGUAUAUGGAAGCAUUUGAACUGAGUGCAGAGGAAUCCGAGGACGUACUCUUCAAAGAGGCAUGGCUUAUGUAUUUUUGGAGAAGAGCCGAAGCUUAUGGUAUAGAGGAAGAGAUAGCUAAGAAGAGACUCAAGUUGUGGAUCAGCCGCAGUGGGCAACCACCAACAUCGCAUGAUGCCUUUGACGUGGAGCAAGGUCUAACGGAGCUGCGGAAAUUGGCAAUCGAGCCACGACUGUGGGAAGCAUCGCGCGAGCAGGAUGCUUCCCUGCUCAACGGAUCAAAAUUAGCUGCUGCGUAGCAUAUACAGUAGUACCAUAGUAUAGCAAAGCAAAUUAUGUAUGGUGUAAAUUAUGAAUAAAUGUGUUGAUAUUGAAAA